UCCGCAAAUCGGCCAUUGGCGCACGUGUAUCACAAUGGCAGAGACGGGAGAGAAACUCAGCAAAAGUGAGCUGAAGAGGCGGUUGAAGGCGGAAAAGAAGGCCGCUGAGAAAGCAGAGAAACAGGCAGCAGUGACAGCAGCUGAGUCAGUCAAGAAACCUACUGCGGAAAAGAAACAGGAUGAUGAAGACAUUGACCCAAAUGAGUAUUUCCGUUUGCGGUCUCGAGCGGUUGCUCAGUUGAAGGAGGAGAAUGACCAUCCCUACCCCCACAAGUACCACGUGGAGGUCUCACUGACGGAGUUCAUAGCUCGGUACAAUGGCGUGGCUGAUGGAGAGAUCCUUGAUGAUGUCGUCUCAGUUGCAGGUCGUAUACACGCGAAGAGGUUGUCUGGUGCCAAGUUGAUCUUCUAUGAUCUGCGGGGUGAAGAUGUGAAGAUCCAGGUCAUGGCCAAUGCCAAGUACUACCAACCGGAGGCGGCCUUCGAGGGUGUCAUGGACAAGGUGAAGAGAGGUGACAUCAUCGGUGUCCGCGGGCGACCAGGGAAGACGAAGAAGGGUGAGCUGAGCAUCAUACCCUCCGAGAUCACCUUGCUGUCCCCCUGUCUACACCAGCUGCCUCAUCUGUACUAUGGGGUCAAGGAUAAGGAAACAAGAUUCAGACAGCGAUAUCUGGACUUGAUUAUUAAUGAGCCUGUCAGAAGAAAGUUUGUCACUCGAGCCAAGAUUAUCAACUAUGUACGCAGAUUCCUGGAUGAUUUAGGAUUCCUGGAGGUGGAGACACCGAUGAUGAACAUGAUCCCAGGGGGUGCCACUGCCAAGCCGUUCAUCACUCAUCACAAUGAUCUGAAACUAGAUCUGUUCAUGAGGGUAGCGCCGGAGUUGUACCUCAAGAUGUUGGUUGUGGGAGGCCUUGAUCGGGUGUACGAGAUUGGCAAGCAGUUCCGUAAUGAGGGUAUCGACAUGACACACAACCCUGAGUUCACAACGUGCGAGUUCUAUAUGGCGUACGCCGACUAUCAGGACCUAAUGAAGAUCACCGAGUCCAUGGUCUCAGGUAUGGUGAAGUAUCUUUGGGGUUACAAGGUCACGUUUCACCCUGAUGGGCCAGAUGGAGAAGGGGUGGAGAUCGACUUCACACCACCCUUCAGGCGUAUCAGUCUGUGUGAGGAGCUUGAGAAGAUCCUCAAGGUGAAGUUCCCAGAACCAACAGCAUUCAACACAGAAGGAGCCCGCAAGUUCUUUGAUGAUUUGUGUCGUAAGCUGGAGGUGGAUUGUGCCGCCCCUCGGACACUCAGCCGUCUACUAGACAAGCUGGUGGGUGAAUAUUUGGAGGAGAAAAUCAUCAACCCCGCUUUCAUCAUUGAACAUCCUCAAGUGAUGAGUCCACUAGCUAAAUGGCAUCGGUCCAAGCCAGGUUUGACGGAACGGUUUGAGCUGUUUGUGAUGAAGAAGGAGGUUGCCAAUGCUUACACAGAGUUGAACGACCCUGUUGUGCAGAGAGAUAGGUUUCAGCAGCAGGCCAAGGACAAGGCAGCUGGUGAUGAUGAAGCCAUGUUUGUGGAUGAGAACUUUUGUACAGCACUGGAGUAUGGGCUUCCUCCCACCGCAGGGUGGGGCAUGGGGAUCGACCGACUCACCAUGUUCCUUACCGACUCCAACAACAUCAAGGAAGUACUCCUGUUCCCAGCAAUGAAACCAGAAGACAACAACCCCAAGCCAGAAGACGCAGCAGACGCCAACCCGAAGGCAACGUCUUAACAUCAGCUCCACACAUCGCCUUCAUGUCCGUGUCUACAUGCCUUUCUAGGCAUCACGCCAUUGUUGGAACAGCCAUUGUUAAUCUUCGUUGUUUUAUUUACCAUGGCUCAGUUUCAAGACCAAUGUCCACUAUGUCGUCAGUAGCUACAGGGUAGGGUGAACGUGUCUAUGUCAAAGAUCAGUGAAUCAAGGCUUGUAGAGUCCAGGAUAGGAUAAAGAUGUCCAUGAGUGAUUAAUUCUAAAUGAAUUGUACAGUUGUGUCAGUGUAUCAUUGAUACCUCAAAUGUUGAAUCAUAUGGGAAUUCAGUUUGAGUCGUAUCGUCUCUCUGAAAGGACUAUCAUAAGAUAUGUUCCUGAUUGAGAAUCCAUUUUGAGUCAGUAUGCAAUUUUGUCUGUGAAAGGAGCUUGAACGAUUUCCUAUGACCCGAACCCCCAGAUUAUAUCUUCCAUUUAACAAACAGAAAAUGUACGAUAAAACCUUGUUGACACU